AUGGAGAAUGAUUUUUCGGAGAUGAGUGGGGAUUAUUGGCCUUGUGAUUGCUGUACUUACGUCAAUGACUCUUCUGCCAUCGUGUGCGGGAUGUGUGUAGAGGAGGAGUUUCCGUCUCCAAUGCCAGCCGAGUGUGAAUCCAACAAAAGACAGAACUCUCCGGCUUCAGAUGAGCUGGUGCUCCACGGCGAGGAGGAGGAAGGGGUUGCCAGCGACCAAGUCGGGUGGCUGACGUGGCCGGGGUGGGUGGGUGGAGAGAGUCGAGAGUGUGGAACUGGCGGAAAUAUCUUGAAUUUCUUACGACCGCAUCCAAAUUUGGAAUAUUUAAGAAUCAAUGGCUAUAAUGGAAGCACUGCCCCUAAUUGGAUCAUGUCAUUAAACAAUUUGAGAGUUCUUGAUCUUGUGUGGUGGAAUGAAUGUGAAGUUUUACCUCCUUUGGGAAUAUUGCCGUCCCUCGAAACACUGAUCCUUAGUAGUAUGAAAGGAGUAAAAAAGGUUGGAGUUGAGUUUCUGGGAAUAGAAAAGGAAACGUCAUCAGCAUCAUCAUGCAUUACUCUAUUCCCAAAAUUGAAAACACUAACAUUUCUGUUGAUGCUGGAGUGGGAAGAGUGGAAAGGAGUGGAAGAGUGGAAGGAAGAGGAUUCUCAUAUUACCAUAAUGCCAUGCCUUUCUUCUUUACAGAUUGGGUACUGCCCUCAGCUAAAAACACUGCCAGACUUCUUGCGGAAAACAUCACUUCAGACACUUAACAUCAAAUACAGUGGUUAUCUUGCACAAGGUUGCCAAAAAGGCAGAGGAAAGGAGUGGCCCAAGAUUUCUCACAUCCCCAACAUCAGAAUGGAUGGUAAACGCAUAGUGGAGGCAGAGGAUGCUGUUGAGUUACCUGAGAGGCCUUCCACUUCAGGCAUAGUGGAAACAGAGGAUGCUGUUUAGUUGCAUGAGAGGGCUUCCACUUCUGGUCCCGAGUACAAACAAUGCUGCCUAAAAUAAACCGAAACCAUUACAUUGGAGCUGACUUUGGCUGGGUGCAAAAAUCAUCGAAAAGGUAAUCUCAAAAUUAAUUGGGGUGUUUAGUUUAUGCAUACAUGUUUCGUUGAUCUUUUGAAUUUUUCGUUAAUCCUACCCGCUUGACUGUUGCGAGUGCUGCUAAUGGACGCAGGGCUAACGCAUUUUCUCUUUAGAGGAAGUGAGAUGGAAAGGGAGAGAAGCCUGCAUGCAUUACUAGAACCGAUGGUUGGCUGCUGCAUUACAGAUUUCAGCAGAAUG